GCGUGUUUUCGUGUUUUCUCUCGAUUACCUGGCAGGCAACAAAGAAAAAGGUUGAGUGUGCGCGCGCGUCUGCGUGUAAGAGAGAGAGGCAAUAGAAAGAAGAGAGAGAAAAGGACAGAUCUUUAUGUAUGAGAUAACAGAGGAGCCUCCAGUGACCUGUUCGCUCGCCCUCCGCUACCGCCGCCCCCCUCCGCCGCCGCCGCCGCCGCCGCUUUUCCUGCUUCAUGCGGUAGAACAACGUCGAAGAAAGAGGGCAGUCGCGGACAGCCCAUCUCCCUUCCAAGCUGCCGCGGAGUGCCAGACGGUGGCCACGGGAAAUGUGAACCGGCGAACUAGCAAUGAACGGCUUGGGACCAGGAAGGAGCUCAACCGCCUCGCGGAUCGAGAUGCCGGCUAAAAUUUGCUUCUAGAAUGACUCCUGUUGCCCCUUCAGGCUAUUUGCUUUAAGACCAUAUUGUAAUUUGAUUGGGAGGCCCUUGCAAAGUGAAUCGGUAAAAGGAGUUCCAUUGCCUUCUUCAUGUUCUUAACAAUGUGCAGACAAGAAGAGCCCUUGAAACUGGUCACCUGGAUCUGGAUGGCUUCCUGCAACAAAAUGAUUGGGGUGCUGCUGGUCUUCUUCCCUGCUAUCCUCCUUGAGAUGGACUUCCUCCCCAAGAAUGCAGGCAGGAAGGUGUUGAUCACAGGAGCUUCUGCUCAAAGAUCAGUAGCCAGAAUGGAUGGUGAUGUCAUUAUAGGAGCACUUUUUUCAGUCCAUCACCAACCCCCAGCUGAGAAAGUACCUGAGAGAAAAUGUGGGGAGAUCCGAGAGCAAUAUGGCAUCCAGAGGGUUGAAGCAAUGUUUCACACAUUGGAUAAAAUUAAUUCAGACCCAGUCCUGUUGCCCAAUAUCACUUUAGGCAGUGAAAUCAGAGAUUCUUGCUGGCACUCCUCUGUGGCCUUGGAACAAAGUAUUGAAUUCAUAAGAGACUCCUUGAUCUCUGUCCGAGAUGAGAAAGAUGCUCUUGGACGCUGCCUGCCUGACCCUUUAUUUCACCACCAGGUCAGGGCCAGGAAACCCAUUGCUGGUGUUAUUGGACCUGGUUCCAGUUCUGUGGCUAUACAAGUUCAAAAUCUGCUUCAACUCUUCGAUAUCCCCCAGAUUGCUUAUUCAGCAACCAGUAUUGAUUUGAGUGACAAAACUUUGUACAAGUAUUUCCUGAGAGUAGUCCCAUCUGACAUUCUACAAGCCAGAGCCAUGCUUGACAUUGUCAAACGUUACAACUGGACGUAUGUCUCUGCCGUGCAUACAGAAGGAAAUUACGGAGAGAGUGGCAUGGAAGCUUUCAAAGAGUUGGCUGCUCAGGAAGGUCUUUGCAUUGCUCAUUCGGACAAGAUCUACAGCAACGCAGGAGAGAAGAGCUUUGAAAAGCUGUUACAGAAGCUACGGGAAAGGUUGCCAAAGGCCAGAGUUGUGGUUUGUUUCUGUGAAGGGAUGACCGUCAGAGGAAUACUCAUGGCUAUGAGACGCCUGGGAGUACUUGGAGAGCUUGUAUUGAUUGGGAGUGAUGGAUGGGCAGACAGAGAUGAAGUUAUUGAAGGGUAUGAGGCUGAAGCCAACGGGGGCAUCACAAUCAAACUACAGUCUCCAGAAGUCUUGUCAUUUGAUGACUAUUUUUUGAAAAUACGUCUGGAAACCAACACGAGAAACCCAUGGUUCCCAGAAUUUUGGCAACACAGAUUUCAAUGUCGUAUUUCAGGACAUCCUUUAGAAAACCCCAAUUUUCAAAGGAACUGCACAGGCAAUGAAAGCUUAGAAGAAAACUAUGUCCAGGACAGUAAAAUGGGAUUUGUUAUCAAUGCCAUCUAUGCUAUGGCCCAUGGCCUGCAGAACAUGCAUCAUGCCCUUUGUCCAGGACAUGUUGGACUGUGUGAUGCUAUGAAGCCAAUUGAUGGAAGCAAACUCUUGGAUUUUCUCCUGAAUUCUUCAUUCAUUGGUGUCUCAGGAGAGGAGGUUCGAAUUGAUGAAAAUGGAGAUGCCCCUGGAAGGUAUGACAUCAUGAAUCUCCAGCAAAUAGAAGGUAAUCACUAUGAUUAUGUCUACAUUGGGACCUGGCAUGAAGGGGUGUUGAAUAUUGAUGAUAACAAGAUUCAGAUGAACAAAAGUGGAAUGGUUCGGUCAGUGUGUAGUGAGCCUUGCUUGAAAGGUCAAAUUAAGGUUAUAAGGAAGGGAGAAGUCAGCUGCUGCUGGAUUUGUACGGCAUGCAAGGAGAACGAAUUUGUACAAGAUGAGUUCACAUGCAAAGCAUGUGAACUGGGAUGGUGGCCUAAUGAUGAUCUGACAGGCUGUGAACCCAUCCCUGUCAGAUACCUCCAAUGGAGUGACAUUGAGUCCAUUGUGGCCGUGGCAUUCUCUUGCAUGGGCAUCUUGGUCACCAUGUUUGUGACCCUUAUCUUUGCACUUUACAGGGACACCCCUGUGGUCAAGUCUUCUAGUCGGGAGCUCUGCUACAUUAUUCUUGCUGGGAUCUUCCUUGGCUACAUCUGCCCUUUUACCCUGAUCGCUAAGCCCACUGUCACAUCCUGCUACUUCCAACGAGUCCUUGUGGGGCUUUCCUCUGCCAUGUGCUACUCUGCUCUUGUCACCAAAACAAACCGAAUUGCACGCAUCCUGGCAGGCAGCAAGAAGAAGAUUUGCACUCGCAAACCACGCUUCAUGAGUGCUUGGGCCCAAGUAGUGAUUGCCUCAAUUUUGAUCAGUGUACAGCUGACACUGGUAAUUACCCUGAUCAUCAUGGAGCCCCCUUUCCCCAUCCUUUCCUAUCCCAGCAUCAAAGAAGUCUUCCUAAUCUGCAACACCAGUAACUUAGGUGUGGUCGCCCCAGUGGGCUAUAAUGGACUCCUCAUCAUGAGUUGCACUUACUAUGCCUUCAAAACUCGCAAUGUGCCCGCCAAUUUCAACGAAGCCAAGUACAUUGCCUUCACCAUGUACACAACAUGUAUUAUCUGGCUGGCCUUUGUACCUAUAUAUUUUGGGAGCAAUUACAAGAUCAUCACCACUUGCUUUGCAGUGAGCCUGAGCGUGACAGUAGCCUUGGGGUGCAUGUUCACUCCCAAGAUGUACAUCAUCAUCGCCAAGCCUGAGAGGAACGUCCGUAGUGCCUUCACCACUUCAGAUGUGGUGCGUAUGCAUGUUGGGGAUGGAAAGACACCUUGUAGGUCCAACAAUUUUCUCAGUAUAUUCCGGAGGAAGAAGCCAAGCACUGGAAACCCAAAUUCUAAUGGCAAGUCUGUGUCAUGGUCUGAACCAGGUGGAAAACAAACUCCCAAGGGACAACAUGUGUGGCACAGACUCUCAGUGCAUGUGACAAGGAAGGAGCCAGGAUGCAACCAGACCGCAGUGAUCAAGCCCCUAACUAAAAGCUAUCCAGGCCAAAGCAAGAGCCUGACUCUUUCAGACAUCAGCAGUAAGACUUUGUACAACGUGGUAGAGGAACAAGAGCGUGAGGCCGGGCACUUCAGCCAACUGAACAGCCCUCCCACAGUGGUGCAGAGGCAAGAGAUGGAGUCGCCUCCCUUGCAGGCAACAGCAGAGGAAACCCAGCUGUUCUUGUCCGAACCGAGUCCCAAAACUUCACCACUACCACUGCCACCACCAACACAGAGGUCCAUUAUGGAGCAACUGCAUGGUGUGGUCAACAAAUUUGCUACAAGCAUUCCAGACUUCAAUUCUACGCUUCCCACACCUGGCACAGGGAAUGGAGUGAGGCCGAUUUAUCAUCCACCAUUGAUGCAGCAGCAGGUGCUGCCACUAACAAUGGGCACUUUCAGCAAAGAACCAGUUUCACCCCCAGCUGAGGAAGAGGAGGAGGUGGGGGAGGAAGAAGAAGAAAAGGAAAAACUCAUCCAAGAGUAUGUAUAUGAAAGGCCAGGGAACCUAGAGGAGGAAGAGGAGGAAGAGGAGCGGGCAACCAGCAAACUGACUUUAGAGGAAUCACCAGCGCUGACGCCCCCGUCUCCUUUCCGAGAUUCAGUCGCUUCAGGCAGUUCUGUGCCCAGUUCCCCUGUCUCGGAAUCAGUGCUUUGCACGCCUCCCAACGAAAUCUAUGCCUCUGUUGUCCUGAGGGAUUAUAAGCAAACCUCAUCCACCCUGUAGAACAGAGGUUGCUGUGAUGAAAAUAAAGUGGACCACAUCUCCUCUGUCAUCUUUUAACAGGAUGGGGAGAACCAGCACAAUCCAUGUGAGGGCAAGCGGUGGGGAGCAAAUGUGGUGUGCAAAAAGACGGGGCAAAAAUGUAUAUCCUGCACUAAAUUCAUUAGAGGGCUCCAGUUCUUUAUCUGUUGUGAGGUUUUUUUCUUUUCAAAAAAAGAGAGAGGAAAGUAUUGUAUUGUAUUUAAAGCAUUGUAUUUUGAGAAGACUGUAGGAAGUCUAACAAAGCACAAAUCCCAUAUACAACUUCUAUAGCAAAAAGAAAAAAUUAAGUUAGUAAGUACACAAUGUUCACACAUACCGUCACACGCUCUCUUGGUGACACUUGAAUAUGACUCAAUGUAACACAACCACAGGGAAGACAUUAACACAUUUCAUAGCUGUGGAUCGCCAUUGAAUGCAGCAGAUUCUAUGCAGCAACAUUCACACAGGAACGGAGGCAAGCGGGGGGACUUCUCUGUACACCUAGGUCUAUCUUAGGUUAUGCUUUUUUAGAUGGAAGCAACUAGUUGCCAUCUGACAGUCGUGCUGGAGAAGCAAAAGUAGCAUGUGAACAAAUAGUUUAUACAGAAAUGUUAGAAUAUCAACCUAGAUUCUCCCUUCCCUUGUGCUGAUUUUCCAAAGGGCCAGAAUAAACAUGGCAAAGAAACAAUAGGUUUUGCUGAUACCAACAAAAGCAACAGUCCCUGUAGUACUGAACUUUAGAUUUACCAUUUGUAGACGUUUGAGAGCCAGGUGACUAUACUGUUAACACAACUUUCCCUGUAGAAAAACAAUAUUAACCAACGUUCAUAAUCUGAUGCAUCUGCCAUGUGGUUAUAUUGUUUGUUUGUGUUACUAUGAAAACAACUGCAUAAAAAUUAUAUAUUUUGAGCAUCGAUUACUACUUCAAAGCAAAAAGCAAUUCUUAAUCGUGGCUCAUUAGAUUCAUGGUAGAGACAAGAGAGUGAGUGUAUGUUUGUGUCUUUGUGUGUGUGUGUGCGUGUGUGUGUGUAUGUGCGUGUGUGUAUGUGUAUACCUGUAUAUAACAUGUGAUGUGUAACAUCUAAUAACUGCCACUUGAUGAUUGUUCUACAAGUAUAUUAUUGAUAUUUUUAUGUUUCAAUCAUAUUUUAUAUUACAUUAUUUAAACAUAUACUAUUAGAUCUUUGGAGAUUUGUACGCUGUGCUGAAAUACUUUUAAUAAGCUAAGCCUUCCCUUAUAAUAGGGUGCUUGAUUUUGCUGAUCUUGCCAUGUGGAAUUACGUCGUUCAGAAUAAUCAGUGAUCCAAUAAUUUGUUAUUUCAUGUAUUUUACGCAAAUGUGGUUAAUAAAAGAUGCAUUUAUUUUGGAAAUUUUGCACAAGCCAGUAUUAAAACUGUAAUAGCAAAGUUGGAAAAUGUAUCUAAACCAUCUCUAGUCAUUUCAGGUAAUGUAUUUUUUUUUAAUUGCAAAGAACUUCCUUGAAUAUUUUAUAUGUAGCCUAAC